GGGCGUGCGAAGUGGGGCUGGAAGUUGGGGCCGCCUCUCCGCGCCGGGCGGGGGCGGGCCGGGACCUCGGACCCCGGGAUGCUCGCGGGGAGGGUCCGGGCCCACAGCUCCGGGAGCCGUGCCGGCCCCCUGCCCCCGGCCGGGCCUCUCCAGGACACUCCCCGCCCCGCCGCUGGCCACCUCCGUGCGCGCCACGUCCUCCCUCUCGGUCCUGCCCCCCGGGCUCCCCCCGGGCUGGGGGCGGUAACCGGCGGCCCCGGCCGGACUCAGCGAGACCAGCGGCUGGAAGAUCGGGCGGGGGAGCGGGGCGCGGCGGGAAGGAGCGGGCGACCCGGUGUGUGGGCCAGCGAGCUCCGGAAGCCAGUUGAGGGAAAUUCUCCAUGAAUGUACGUCACAAUGAUGAUGACCGACCAAAUCCCUCUGGAACUGCCACCAUUGCUGAACGGAGAGGUAGCCAUGAUGCCUCACUUGGUGAAUGGAGACGCGGCUCAGCAGGUCAUUCUGGUUCAAGUUAAUCCAGGUGAGACUUUCACAAUAAGAGCAGAGGAUGGAACACUUCAGUGCAUUCAAGGACCCGCUGAAGUUCCCAUGAUGUCACCCAAUGGAUCCAUUCCUCCCAUCCAUGUGCCUCCAGGUUAUAUCUCCCAGGUGAUUGAAGACAAUACUGGAGUCCGCCGGGUGGUGGUCACACCGCAGUCUCCUGAGUGUUACCCCGCAAGCUAUCCCUCAGCCAUGUCUCCAACCCACCACCUGCCCCCCUACCUGACUCACCACCCCCAUUUUAUUCAUAACUCACACACGGCUUACUACCCACCUGUUACUGGACCUGGAGAUAUGCCGCCUCAGUUUUUUCCUCAGCACCAUAUUCCCCCUACAAUAUACGGCGAGCAAGAAAUCAUACCGCUCUAUGGAAUGUCAAGCUACAUUACCCGGGAAGACCAGUACAGCAAGCCUCCGCACAAAAAACUGAAAGACCGCCAGAUUGACCGCCAGAACCGCCUCAACAGUCCCCCGUCUUCUAUCUACAAAAGCAACUGCACACCCGUGUACAACGGCUAUGGGAAGGGCCACAGCGCUGGAGGCAGUGGAGGCAGUGGAGGCAGCGGGGGCGGCCCAGGAAUUAAGAAAACGGAGCGGCGGGCCAGGAGCAGUCCAAAGUCGACUGAUUCUGAUUUGCAAGAGUAUGAGUUGGAAGUAAAGAGAGUGCAAGACAUUCUUUCAGGAAUAGAGAAACCACAGGUUUCUAACAUUCAGGCGAGAGCGGUUGUGCUGUCCUGGGCGCCCCCUGUUGGACUUUCAUGUGGACCCCAUAGCGGUCUUUCUUUCCCCUACAGCUAUGAGGUCGCCUUAUCCGACAAAGGACGGGACGGAAAGUACAAGAUAAUAUACAGUGGAGAAGAAUUAGAAUGUAACCUGAAAGAUCUCAGACCAGCAACUGAUUAUCAUGUGAGGGUGUACGCCAUGUACAAUUCCGUGAAGGGAUCCUGCUCCGAGCCAGUUAGCUUCACCACCCACAGCUGUGCACCCGAGUGUCCCUUCCCACCUAAGCUGGCACACAGGAGCAAAAGUUCGCUAACCUUGCAGUGGAAGGCACCAAUUGAUAAUGGUUCAAAAAUCACCAACUACCUUUUAGAAUGGGAUGAGGGAAAGAGAAACAGUGGUUUCAGACAGUGCUUCUUUGGGAGUCAGAAGCACUGCAAGUUGACAAAGCUUUGUCCAGCGAUGGGGUACACGUUCAGGCUGGCUGCUCGGAAUGACAUCGGCACCAGCGGUUAUAGCCAAGAGGUGGUAUGUUACACAUUAGGAAACAUUCCUCAGAUGCCCUCUGCGCCAAGACUUGUCCGAGCUGGGGUCACAUGGGUCACAUUGCAGUGGAAUAAACCAGAAGGCUGUUCACCCGAGGAAGCAGUCACCUACACCUUGGAAAUCCAGGAGGAUGAAAACGAUAACCUUUUCCACCCGAAAUACACUGGAGAGGACUUAACCUGUACUGUGAAAAAUCUCAAAAGAAGCACACAGUAUAAAUUCAGGCUCACUGCUUCUAAUGUGGAAGGGAAGAGUUGUCCAAGUGAAGUUCUGGUGUGUACGACAAGUCCUGACAGGCCUGGGCCUCCCACAAGACCCCUCAUUAAAGGACCAGUUACAUCUCAUGGCUUUAGUGUCAAGUGGGAUCCUCCAAAGGACAACGGUGGUUCAGAAAUACUCAAGUACUUGCUGGAAAUUACUGAUGGAAAUUCUGAAGCGAGUCAGUGGGAGGUGGCAUACAGCGGAUCGGCAACGGAAUACACUUUCACCCACUUGAAACCAGGCACUUUGUACAAACUUCGAGCAUGCUGCAUCAGCACUGGUGGACACAGUCAGUGUUCUGAAAGUCUCCCUGCUCGCACACUAAGCAUUGCACCAGGUCAGUGUCGACCACCGAGGGUCUUGGGUCGACCAAAGCACAAAGAAGUCCACUUAGAGUGGGACGUUCCUGCCUCCGAAAGUGGCUGUGAGGUCUCGGAGUACAGCGUGGAGAUGACAGAGCCUGAGGAUGUAGCUUCGGAGGUGUACCACGGGCCAGAGCUCGAGUGCACGGUUGGCAACCUGCUCCCCGGCACCGUGUAUCGUUUCCGGGUCAGGGCUCUGAAUGAUGGAGGGUACGGACCCUAUUCCGAGGUCUCAGAGAUUACCACUGCUGCCGGGCCCCCUGGACAGUGCAAAGCACCUUGUAUUUCUUUUACACCUGACGGAUGUGUCCUCGUGAGUUGGGAGAGUCCUGAGAGCUCUGGUGCCGACAUCUCGGAGUACAGGUUGGAAUGGGGAGAAGAUGAAGAAUCCUUAGAACUCGUUUAUCAUGGGACAGACACCGGCUUUGAGAUAAGGGAUCUGUUGCCUGCUGCACAAUAUUGCUGUAGACUACAGGCUGUCAAUCAAGCUGGAGCAGGCCCAUAUAGUGAGCUUGUCCUCUGCCAGACACCAGCGUCUGCCCCUGACCCUGUCUCCACUCUCUGUGUCCUGGAAGAGGAGACCCUCAAUGCCUACCCUGAUUCACCUUUCGUGUGCCUUGUACUGAACUGGGAAGAGCCGUGCAAUAAUGGAUCUGAAAUCCUUGCUUACAAUAUUGACCUUGGAGACACUAGCAUCACUGUGGCCAAUACCACCACCCACGUUAUAAAAGACCUCCUUCCAGAAACCACCUACCGGAUCAGAAUUCAGGCUGUAAAUGAAAUUGGAGCUGGACCAUUUAGUCAAUUCAUUAGGGCAAAAACUCGGCCGUUACCCCCCUUGCCUCCGAGGCUCGAAUGUGCUGCAGCAGGGCCCCAGAGCCUGAAGCUGAAAUGGGGAGACAGUAACACCAGGACACACGCAGCCGACGACCUGGUGUACACACUGCAGCUGGAGGACAGAAACAAGAGGUUUAUUUCCAUCUACAGAGGACCCAGCCACACCUACAAAGUCCAGAGACUGACGGAAUUCACAUGCUACUCCUUCAGAAUCCAGGCAGCAAGCGAGGCUGGGGAAGGACCCUUCUCAGAAACCUAUACCUUCAGCACAACCAAAUGCAUCCCCCCCACCAUCAAAGCACCUCGAGUAACACAGUUGGAAGGAAAUUCGUGUGAAAUCUUCUGGGAGACGGUACCGCCAAUGAAAGGUGACCCGGUCCACUACAUUCUGCAGGUGUUGGUUGGGAGAGAAUCUGAGUACAAACAGGUAUACAAGGGAGAAGAAGCAACAUUCCAAAUCUCAGGCCUCCAGACCAACACAGACUACCGGUUCCGCGUGUGUGUGUGCCGCCGCUGCGUAGACACUGCUCAGGAGCUCAGCGGAGCUUUCAGCCCCUCUGCGGCUUUUGUAUUGCAACGAAGUGAGGUCAUGCUGCCAGGGGACACGGGGAGCUUAGACGAUCCCAAAAUGAAGAGCAUGAUGCCUACUGAUGAACAGUUUGCAGCCCUCAUUGUGGUUGGCUUCGCGACUUUGUCCAUUUUAUUUGCCUUUAUAUUACAGUACUUCUUAAUGAAGUAAACAAACCCAACAAAACUAGAGGUAUGAAUUUAAUGCUACACAUUUUAAUACAUACAUUUAUUCAGAUAUUCCCCUUUUUACGCCCUUCUGUUCUUUGAUUUAUAUACUUGUUUUACAGAUUUAGCUAGGAAAAAAAAUUAUCAGUGUUUUGGUGCACCUUUUUGAAAUGCAAAACUAGGAAGAGAUUAAACUGGAUUUUUUUUUUUU